GUGACCUGGCCGUGUGACCCGUUUUUCAAACCGUCGGCGAGAGUUUGAUUCUCCAGAGUAGCUUAAGGUUAAUUUAUUCAUGAGAAACUGUGUUACAGUUUGAUUAAAAAAUGAAAUAUCCUUUCGUAUUAAAAGAAUAACGAGGGUACAAAAAUAUCCCAAUUUCAUACUCGAAUCCUACCCCCUUGACUCCGUCCGGUGAAAGCAACCAUCAUCAAUUGGAAAAAAAUGGCAAUGAGAAUGUUAGGGAGAUCUGUUUCUAGAAGGUUUUCUACAGGUGGUGGUAAAAUUCUUAGCGAGGAAGAAAAAGCUGCUGAGAACAUUUACAUUAAGAAAAUUGAGAAGGAGAAGUUGGAGAAGCUUGCACACAAGGGUUCUAAGCCAGAAGAACAGCUAGCAUCAACUACUGGAAUCGAAGCUGCAGAAUCAGCAUCUGAUGCUAAGCUUAGUGUUGGCUCAACCUCUUCCACUACAUCAGGGGUAUACCGAAACUACGCAAUAUAUGCUGCGGUUGGCACUUCAUGCGCCGCUCUCGGUUGGUACCUGAAUGGAAGCGCAUAGAGACAACAACGAGGACCAAGGCUGAGUUGAAGAAAAGAAGCAAGGUUUUACUUCCGCUGGUCACUGUUUUCUACACUGAGUUCUACUCUAAUCUAACUGGUACAUCAGGGGAAAAAGUCGCUGUAAUUUAUGAUUCGUAAGUUUUGUAAGCUAAAUAUAUGGGACUGCUUUUGAAACCCACUACCCAUGUGAAUGACUGGGUUAUUGAAGCUUUAGGUGAGAAAUCACUGCAUGGAUGUUUUAAUCAGCUUGGUUAAUUUAACAGUCUAUUACAUUGUUCGGUACCACUAAGAAAGGAGUUGUGUACCCCAAAUCAUGCUAUUGAUAAAUCUGGAGUCUGGAUGAAUGAGCCAUGCAUUCACUAGAGGAUAUUCAAGUGAGACAGAGGGUGCAUCUUACUUUUGUUACAAUUAAAACCAACUUAAAAUUAAGGAAAUCUGGUGAGUACUUGAAAAAAAAAAAAAAAAA